CGUCUAUUGGCUGAGCUGGGUGGUCAGCUGAAAGUAUAGAAGGCUAUAAAUUACCCACAAUAAGGCACUUUUUUUUUCGCUCGGCGCCGUUAAUAUUGAAUGAGUGUGUGCGUGUGUGUGUUGGGAUGGUAUGUAUGGGGGGGUUAGUGUGAUUUUUUUAUUUUUAUUUUUAUAGGGAAAAGAGAACUUCACCCACAACAAAGUAUUUAUAAUUACAAGCAAAGCACUUUACAAAAAGUAACUUAAUCUCAAAAUCAUGGUUGCAACAAGCACAAUGAAAAGCAAGAACCCAGAGUGUAUUGCAGAGCUUCUUGACCGGAGGUUGGACCAAGCGCAAGUAGAUGAAGAACUGGACUACUGGGAUCAUGGUCUUAUUGAGCCUAAUUUGAAUGAGGGUGUAUUUGAAGAACGAACAUGCCAACAUUUAGCCAAAAUGUUUGAGAACAGCCUGUCUCGAGCAAAGACAACCAAACUACACUGCACUGAGCUGCUAGUUCCAGAGAAACUCACUCGUCGAAUUGCUCGGGAUGUACUGAGACUUUCUUCGGGUGAACCCUGUGGACUGAGAGGUUGCAUCUUGUAUGUGAACUUGGAGGUGGAAAACAUGUGUAAAAAGCUUGACCGGAUAAUCUAUGACUCAUCUGUAGUGCCUACAUUUGAACUGACCCUUGUGUUCAAACAAGAUGGGAGUGUUUGGCCAAGCCUUAGAGACUUCUUUCUCAUUGGGGCAUGUUUUACUCAUGGGUUCAGGCAUGCAGUGAAGCUUAGUCCUGGAUUUAGGCUAAUAAAAAGAAAACUUUAUUCCUCAUCGGCUGGUACCGUUAUAGAGGAGUACUGAAAUCUAGCACUUCUGGUUAACCAUAUGAAUGUAAAGGCUGCCUGUCGUAUACAGGUGGUCACAAGUGUUUUUUGUAUGGGGGUGGGUAUUGCUGGGGAUCAGACAAAUUUCUAGCUAGUGUCACUUUAAGAAGCUGUUAACUAACUUGUACCCUAAAGGUUUUUACGAUUAAUUAUAAAAGAAUAGUUUGGCAGCUCUUCUCUUGUACUUGAAGAGUAUGCACACACCCCUUGUUUUUCUUUCAGUACAGUGUUCAAAAUCUGCAAGGGUUAUUAGCUUAGUUUUUAUUAUAUUUGCAGUUAAGUUUGCACGGAGUGGAUGAUCUUAAUUGCAUUACAUUUCUGAAAAGGGAUAGGUUUUUCCAUAUUAAAAUCCUAAUCUUGAUAAGUCUUAAAAUGGUCUUACCGCACCUCUUUCCACUGAAGUUGGUGGAGAGGGUGAUCUCUUCUGUAUAAACCAUAGAAUAAAGCACAUUUAAUGCCCUGCACACAGCUAAAAAUCCAUUUUUGUGCUUCCUCUGGGUUUAUUCAGACUACCCACAUUUUACACAAGACCUUUUCUCCCCAGUUUAACAUCUGCCCCGUCCCUCCUUUUUUCCCCUCCCCCUUCUACUUUAUUGUACUGGCAAACCUUAUUUUUAACAUGUGGUCUUAUCACAGUGGUAAUCAUGUGUGUACAUUUGUUUAAAGAGUGCCUUUCUUUUAUUGUGUAUCAUGUCUGGGAUGUUUUUGUUGCAUAGAAAGUUGUCAUUUAAAGGCUACGUUUUUUUGCACUUCAUAGGGAAAUUUAACUUUGGAUAUUAUUGCACUAUCAAAGCACAUUGUUCAUUGAGAGAUGCCACUGACAUGCAUAUAGUUCAUUGAAUAAUGUAUGUGUUUUUGCAGAAUGUAGAUUGCACCAUUUUUACUGUUGUGGCAUUGUCGGUUUGGCUGCUGGGGUACAUUUUUACUUCAAGAUUCCCAUUCAUGGAAAAAGUCUUUUUGACAAUAAAUUUUUUUUUUUGUUUUUUUAAAGUUUGUGGUUUGUCUUUGGAGAAGAAAUGUUGUAAUUAACACAUUUACACACAACACAUUACACAAAUAUUCAAUAUUAAUGUUUACAUUUCAGUUUAAGUGAUGCAGUUUUUAGGUGACACCUGCGGUAAUGUGCAAGUGUGCUAUACUUUAAGUCAUUUUAAGACUAUUUUGUGCAAAGGUGUCAUUUAACAGUUUCUCUUCUGUGUGAAGUGUAUAAAUCAUGCAUUCAGUUUGAAAUGCAAGAAAUAUUCCUAGCUUAUUCCUUGUUGGUCCGGAAUCCCUUGAUAUCCAGUUUUGUUUGCCAAGUUUUCUUUUGUGCCAGCAGGCACUUGGCAAGAAUUUUAAGUUAUGGUUAACUGCAUCUGUGCUUAGUCAUUUUUUGGACACUGAAAGUUAAUAGCAUGCAUUUCUGUUUGUGCAAAUCUAAACUGGACACUCUAAAAUUUUCUUUGAGUGAAAAUCUGCUCACUGCGUCAUUUGUGUUUUGUGGGCACUGAAGAGGAACAAUGCACUCUUAUGUGAAAAAAUCCAAACGAACAACAGGAGACAUAUUAAAAAAAAAAAAAAAGAAAA